ACAGCCGACUCCGCUCUCCCUGCGGCCCCGAGCCGCCGCCGGCCUGCUCCGCCGUCCCCGGCGCCGGCACCUGUUGGAGGCGCAGACACAGACACGGCGCUGCAUGAGGGGCCGCAGGGGCGAUCGCAUGACCAUCAACAUCCAGGAGCACAUGGCCAUCAACGUGUGCCCCGGGCCCAUCCGGCCCAUCCGCCAGAUCUCCGACUACUUCCCCCGCCGGGGGCCGGGGCCUGAAGGGGGCGGGGGCGGAGGGGGCUUCGCGGAGGCUCCUCCCCGGCUGGCCCCCCUGGCCCUGGCCCCCCCUGCAGCCUUCCUCGGGGCCACCACGCCCGAGGACGGGGCCGAGGUGGACAGCUACGACUCGGACGAUGCCACCACGCUGGGCACGCUGGAGUUCGACCUUCUCUACGACCAGGCCGCCUGCACGCUGCACUGUAGUAUCCUCAGGGCCAAGGGCCUCAAGCCCAUGGAUUUCAAUGGCCUGGCCGACCCCUACGUCAAGGUGCACCUGCUGCCCGGAGCCUGCAAGGCCAAUAAGCUGAAAACCAAGACGCAGAGGAACACUCUGAACCCCGUGUGGAACGAGGACCUGACCUACAGCGGCAUCACGGACGAGGACAUCAGCCACAAGGUGCUCAGGAUCUCCGUGUGCGAUGAGGACAAGCUGAGCCACAACGAGUUCAUCGGGGAGAUCCGAGUCCCCCUCCGCCGCCUCAAGCCUUCGCAGAAGAAGCAUUUUAAUAUCUGCCUCGAGCGCCAGGUCCCGGUCCGUAUGGGGCUGUCGAGCGCUGAGGGGAGGGGGUCCUGGGAGGCCAGGUUUCCAGAACCUUCUCUCUGCCCUCAGCUGGCGUCACCCUCUUCCAUGUCGGCAGCGCUGAGGGGCAUAUCCUGUUACCUGAAGGAGCUGGAGCAGGCGGAGCAGGGGCCUGGGCUGCUGGAGGAGCGAGGGCGCAUCCUGCUGAGCCUCAGCUACAGUUCUCCGCGCCGGGGGCUGCUGGUGGGCAUCCUGCGCUGUGCCCACCUGGCCGCCAUGGACGUCAAUGGCUACUCUGACCCCUACGUCAAGACGUACCUGAGGCCAGAUGUGGAUAAGAAAUCCAAGCACAAAACAGGCGUGAAGAAGAAGACUCUCAACCCAGAGUUUAAUGAGGAGUUUUUCUAUGAGAUGGAACUCUCAGCUCUGGCCACCAAGACUCUGGAAGUCACCGUCUGGGACUAUGACAUUGGCAAAUCCAACGACUUCAUUGGUGAGGGAGGAGCCCGCUGGGUGGUGCCGAGGGAGGGAGGGAGGGCGAGUGGCGGUGAGCAGGGCCCCGAUUUUGCCUCUCCUGCUCCGCAGGCGGCGUGUCCCUGGGGGCUGGUGCCCGGGGAGAGGCCCGGAAGCACUGGAAUGACUGCCUGCAGCAGCCGGACACGGCCCUGGAGCGCUGGCACACCCUGACCAGCGAGCUGCCCCCGGCAGCGGGCGCUCUGCCCUCAGCCUGAGCGAGGCCAGCAGCUGCCCCGCUCAGGGCCUCGGGCUGGGCCGGACCCAACCUUCGCACGAGUGUGUUGCACGUUUACAGGGGUGGAUGCCCCGCCCUGCACUACCUGUCUUAUGUCGUGAGACUGUGACUGUGGUCUGUCUUCCUGUGGGGACUGUGGAGACCUGUUCUCACAUAUGCAAACUUCCUCCUGCCUGACUCGCUACCACGUGCAGAUAUGCAAACCCCCGUCCUGCACACCCCGGCAGGGGGCGUCCUGCCAGGCCGCCAGGCCCAGCUGCUGCUUCUCCCCGCCUCUCCAGCUGCCCAGCCCCUCCGCACAGGGGGGAGGUCGGAUUAGGGGGGGUUUGAAAGAGGAGACGUUUCCAAAAAAGGACAAAAAG